UCCCCUUCCGCAACCCUCCGCCUCUCUUCGUCUCCCCCGCCAAAUCUGGCACGCCGCUGUUCCACCUUCGCGCGAGGGCUGCGGGCGCGGCGGGCAGCCGGCGACGGCGACGGCGAGGGCGUAUGGGGUCCGGCACCUGGCGGAAGGCCUACGGCGCGCUCAAGGACUCCACCAAGGUCGGCCUCGCCAACUUCAACAGCGAGUACAAGGAUUUGGACAUUGCCAUUGUGAAGGCAACCAACCACGUGGAGUGCCCGCCCAAGGAGCGGUACCUCAGGAGGAUACUCUUUGCGACCUCCGCGAGUCGCCCGCGAUCCGAUGUUGGCUACUCGAUAUGUACAUUGGCUAGGAGAUUAUCCAAGACCAAGAAUUGGAUUGUUGCAUUAAAAACACUGAUAGUGAUACAUAGACUACUCAGAGAAGGUGAUGGGACAUUUAAAGAAGACUUCUUGAACUAUUCAUACAGAGGAACUAUUUUGCAGAUUCCACAAUUCAAAGAUGAUUCGAGCCCUUUAGCUUGGGAUUGCUCAUCUUGGAUUCGCACAUAUGCGCUCUAUCUAGAUGAACGGGUCGAGUGCUUUAGAGUUCUAAAAUACGAUGUUGAAGCAGAUCGUCUGGUGAAAUUACCCCGAGCUUCUGGCAAGGCACACAGCAGAACAAGAACUCUACCAUGUUCAGAUCUUUUAGAUCAGUUGCCUGCAUUACAGAAACUACUACUAAGGCUUAUUUUUUGUCAGCCCGAAGGUUCAGCCUGCACAAAUUAUCUUGUACAAUAUGCAUUAGCCCUUGUUUUGAAGGAGAGCUUCAAAAUAUACUGUUCGAUCAAUGAUGGCAUCAUCAAUCUUGUUGAUAUGUAUUUCGAUAUGCAAAAAUAUGAUGCUAUCAAGGCACUUGAAAUUUAUAAACGAGCUGGCUACCAGGCAGAUAAGCUUUCUGCUUUUUAUGACCACUGCAAACGUCUUGAACUGGCAAGGACUUUCCAGUUUCCUACGUUGAGGCAGCCACCCCCUUCAUUUGUUGUAACAAUGGAAGAGUACAUCAGAGAAGCACCCCGUGUCAGCACAGCGAGUAAAAGUUUGGAAAGCGAGGAGCAGAAUUUACCUAGUGAUAACGAAGAUGAAGCUCCACAGGAAACCGAGAAGCUAGUGGAAGAGGAGAAACAAGAGCCUGCAGAGCCUGAAGAAGAGCCACAGCCUACAGCUGAACCGGUGGAAGAAACGGAACCUGUACCAGUGGCAACAACUGGGGAUUUAUUAAAUUUUGACGAAGAAGUAAAACCCCUGAUUGCAGACAUUGAAGAAAGCAAUGCCCUGGCUCUUGCAAUUGUGGCACCAGGGAAUGAAAACAAGGCCUCAACUUCACAUGACUUGUUUGCGCUGGACAAGUCUGGGUGGGAACUGGCACUGGUUACUGCACCAAGUACCCACACAAGUCAACCAGUUGACAAUCAACUGGCUGGGGGCUUUGACAAGCUACUGCUAGAUAGUCUGUAUGAAGAUGAAGCAAGGAGGCAGCAAAUAGCCAGUGCAACCUACACCGGCAGCCUUGCAGGGAACCCAUUUGAUCCCAAUGAUCCAUUUGCCAUGUCUAAUAACUUCGCGCCACCGUCAAAUGUGCAGCUAGCCAUGAUGCAGCAGCAGCAGCAGCAGUAUUAUCAGGAACAGCAGCAACAAUACUUCCAGGUCCAGCAACAGCAGCAAAUGGUGACGAUGCCGCCGCAAACAUACCAGCAGCAGCAGACUCAGUAUUCUGCCCCUCAUGCUGGAUUGUCCAAUCCAUUUGGUGAUCCAUUCGGUGGCCUUGUAGCCAUGGCUAAUCCUCAAAAGGAAAAUAAUUCAAAUUUAGCCUGAAUUUGCAUAAUUUUUUCUGUACCGCCCACCGAUUUUGAUGGUAUAUACCUUUCCAAUCCUGAGAAGAAAGUUGUAUAGUCUGACAAUUUUCAAUACUACAUCUCGAUGCGAUGUAGUACUCACGUUUGGAAACUUGUAUGAUCAUUCCAAUGUCAAUGUCUUCACCUAUGAGAUUAUGACUAAUAUAGAAAACACAAGUUAUGUUCCAGCAAUUGCAAAUAGUUAGAUGCCCCCACAAACCAACUCAGACAAUAGCAA